GAUCAAGCGGCUGGAUGUGGUCAAGACUUGAUAUUAUGCCUAAGAUGAGGACCCAGUUUGGAGUUUUGUUAUUGUUGACCCUGUGGGUAGUCUACUCUGAUGCUUGGUUCUGGGCCUGGACUGGUACUACAACUUUGCCCCCAACAGUGGAACAUGAGGGGUCUGGUAGUCCAGCAGGUAGUGGGGAACCACCAUCUGGAACAGAGAUCAUUGAUGAGGGACAUAGGAGAGUGCAGACUUGGGAUGGGACCACAGAUGGACCUCGACUGAUCACUCUAAACCCUACAACACAACCGGAGAAUGAACGUGCAUCAGAAAAGGGAACACCAGGGAUUUCAUCACGCAAACGUAAACCUGAAGACAGCGGAGUCUCCCUGCUGCAGCUGAUUGGGGAUCCUCCUCCGAGCACGAUCACCCAGGUCUUCGGGCCCGACAACAGCCCCGGCUAUGUCUUCGGUCCUGACGCCAACACAGGCCAGCUGGCCCGCGCCCACCUGCCGAGCCCAUUCUACCGAGACUUCGCCCUCAUCUUCAACCUGAAACCCACCUCCGACAGAGGCGGUGUCAUCUUCUCCGUCACAGAUGCCGCGCAGCAGAUCAUGUACGUGGGUGUCAAACUGUCGGCCGUACAGGGUGGAAACCAGAACGUCAUCCUGUACUACACCGAGCCCGACUCGCAGCAGUCGUACGAGGCGGCCAGGUUCCUCGUGCCCUCCAUGAGGGACGUCUGGACUCGUUUUGCCAUCGCCGUGAGGGAUGAGAAGGUGAUGUUUUACCUCAACUGCGACACGGACCCUCAGGUGACGCGCAUCGAGAGGUCCCCCGACGAGAUGGAGCUGGAGGCCGGUGCCGGGGUCUUUGUCGGGCAGGCUGGAGGAUCGGAUGCUGACAAGUUUCUGGGGGUGAUAGGUGAGCUGAGGGUGGUGGGAGACCCCCGAGCUGCUGAGAGGCAUUGUGAAGAGGACGGAGAUGACUCUGAUAUGGCUUCAGGUGAAGGAAGUGGCGAUGUGGAAACCAGACACCAGAAACCAGCUGGGGACAAACAUAGAUGGACGACUCCUCCUCCAUCGUCCCGGCCCAUUCAGCAGCCACCACUGACCAGGAAUGACGAGAUCCUGAUGGCAAGAGAAACAGCGAGUGACUCCCAGCACGUUUCCCACUCUGUGGAGUCCAGGCCCGGACUCCCUGGGUCACCAGGGCCGGCUGGGGGGAAAGGAGAGAAGGGUGACCGAGGGGAUACGGGGGCGAAAGGAGACAGGGGUCCAAUUGGGCCGAAGGGAGAGUCCGGCUCCAGCUCCAGCUCACGAGGUGGAGCCCGUGGAGAGAAGGGAGAACCCGGGGAAAAGGGAUUAAAGGGCAGUGCAGGCUUUGGCUACCAAGGAAAGAAGGGAGAGCCCGGUCUCGCUGGGCCCCCCGGUCCCCCUGGCCCUCCGGGGCCAGCAACCGAAUAUUCAGUUGGCAGUGACGGCUCAAUUGCAUCGAGAGGCCCCGGACCCCGAGGACCACCUGGACCACCCGGUGCCCUGGGCCCCCAGGGACCAGCAGGAGCUGAUGGAGAGCCAGGCGAUCCUGGUGAGGAUGGAAAAACUGGACCUGAUGGACCUCCUGGCUUCCCAGGAACCCCAGGUGAUUCUGGACCUAAAGGAGAUAAGGGAGACCGUGGAGAGGGUCAGCCUGGCCCGAGGGGACCCCCAGGACCACCGGGACCCCCAGGAUCAGGAUCCAGAUCAACUUUUGUGGACAUGGAAGGCUCAGGGUUCCCUGAUCUGGAAUCUAUCCGGGGACUGCCUGGACUACCAGGUCCCCCUGGUCCCCCCGGUCCUCCUGGUCCCUCUACAGUUGGCACAUCAUCAAGUUCUGGGGCAUUCGGACCACCAGGAAAGGAUGGAGCACCGGGUCAACCUGGCUUACCUGGUCUGCCGGGUACUGAUGGCCUCCCAGGAGUUUCUGGUUCAAAGGGAGAAAAGGGUGAUUCAGGUGAGCUGGGUCUUCCAGGAGCAGUUGGAGAGAAGGGUUCCCGAGGAGACGCUGGUUUACCAGGAACGCCAGGAGAGCCCGGGCUGGCUGGUCUGCCUGGACCCAUCGGACCAGCUGGGCCACCUGGGCUCCCAGGACCUCCUGGACCCAGCUACCGUGUUGGAUUUGACGACAUGGAGGGCUCUGGUGGAGGUUACAGCAAUGGAUUCCCUGGCGUCAGAGGACCUGAAGGAAUACAGGGUCCUCCUGGUUUGCCUGGACUUCCUGGUAAAGCUGGGCUGCCUGGUAUUCCAGGUCAGAAGGGCGGUGACGGUCCUGUAGGAAGAGAUGGACAACCAGGGCUGGACGGCUUCCCGGGACCUCAGGGGCCGAAGGGUGAGAGCGGUGUAAAAGGAGAGAGGGGUGACCAAGGUCGGGAUGGAAACGGACUCCCAGGUCCACCCGGCCCACCUGGACCACCAGGACAAAUCAUCUACCAACCAUCUAGCAAUGUUGAUGGUAACGCUGGACCUCAGGGAGGACCUGGUUUACCUGGAAAGGCUGGAUUCCCUGGUCCUAUGGGACCAAAGGGGGACAGAGGAGAUGCAGGGCUUCCAGGCUACGGAGCCAAGGGGGACAAAGGUGAACCAGGAUUGGUUAUUGGACCUGAUGGAAACCUUUUCCAUCUGGAAGGGCUAUCAGGCCAGAAGGGAGACAGAGGGUCUCCUGGACCUGUUGGACCUUCUGGCCAGUAUGGGCCUCCUGGGUUGAAGGGUGAGAUUGGAAUGCCUGGAAGACCUGGUCGCCCUGGUGUAAACGGGUACAAGGGUGAGAAAGGAGAGCCAGCAACUGGUUCUGGCUUCAGCUACCCAGUAGUCGCUGGCCCACCUGGACCUCCCGGACCACCCGGACCCCCUGGACCAGUCUCUGCCUUCGAUCCCUACAUUCACCAAGAUGGACCUUCAAGGUACCCAGCAACUAAAGGGGAAAAAGGAGAGCGUGGUGACAGAGGCAUUCCAGGGAUCCCAGGAACAGGCUCCAAUUUUGAUCUUUACACACUCAAGAAUGAACUGAAGGGAGAGCGUGGAGACACAGGUGGGAAGGGAGAGAAGGGAGAGCCUGGUGGUGGAUAUUAUGACCCACGUUUUGGAGGAGUACAAGGCCAACCAGGACCUCCUGGCAAACCAGGCCUACCAGGUCCAAAGGGAGAUCCAGUUAUAGGCCCUCCUGGACCCCAGGGGCCACCAGGGCCAGCAGGGAUUGGUUACGAUGGGCGUCCAGGUCCCCCAGGACCACCUGGGCCUCCAGGACCCCAUGGAUCUUCCUCCCUACCUGGGCCAUAUAGACCCAAUAACCCCGUCAGUCUUCCUGGACCUCCUGGUCCUCCUGGUCCACCUGGAAGUCCUGGUCACUCCUCUGGGGUAACUGUCCUGAGGUCAUAUGACACAAUGCUAGCUACUGCCAGACGGCAGGCAGAGGGAAGCCUCAUCUACAUCAUCGACAAAGCAGACCUCUAUCUGAGAGUACGCGAUGGACUGCGGCAAGUCAUGCUUGGAGAGUAUAGUCCCUUCUUCAGAGAUCUGGAGAACGAGGUGGCAGAGGUCAAGCCUCCUCCCGUGAUCCUGUACCCCCAGAGCCAGGACCAGUCCCAGAACAAUGGAGCCGGCCACUACUCCCAGGGUGGUGCUUCCAUACGACCCAUUGAGCCUCCACCACAGCCCCCUGUAGAGCCCAGAUACCCCCCACAGUAUGAUCCCAGAUUCCCAGAGCCGAGACACACCGGUCACACGGACGGAAGACUAGCCACCCAUCACAACGCCAACAGAUAUCCUGUAACGCCUCAAAGACGACCCAGCCCACCUGUACAGCAGCCUGUGGAACCAGCAGCAUCAGGACUACAUCUCAUCGCCUUGAACGCCCCUCAAACUGGUAACAUGCGAGGAAUCCGCGGGGCAGACUUUCUGUGUUUCCAGCAGGCCCGGGCUGUAGGCCUAAAGGGGACCUUCAGAGCUUUCCUGUCCUCCAAACUACAAGACCUCUACACCAUCGUCCGCAGGUCGGACCGGGACAACCUCCCCAUCAUGAACCUCAAGAACCAAGUGUUGUACGACAAUUGGGAGUCAAUCUUCGGUGACAGUGGGAACAAAAUGAGAGAGAACGUGCCAAUCUACUCUUUCGAUGGUAGAGAUAUCCUCAGGGACAGCGCUUGGCCAGAGAAAAUGGUGUGGCAUGGAUCAAGCAACAAAGGCCACCGGCAAACAGACCACUACUGCGAAACAUGGCGGGCGGGCGUCCACGCUGUGACCGGUCUGGCAUCAUCACUACAGAGCGGCCACGUCCUGCAGCAGACCUCCAGCAGCUGCUCCGGCUCCUACAUCGUCCUCUGCAUCGAGAACGCCUUCACAUCACACUCCCAAAAAUAAAUCCCGUCCAUGUUCCUUCCUUCUUUUUUUUUUUUUUUCUUUUUUGCUUCUGGGCCCUAGUUAAACACAGUUUUAAUUCCCCGAGAACACGCCUGGUGAACAUGUGGCGUUCAAUGAACUGGCCCUGUGGCUCUUUGCCUGGCAGAGACACUCUGCAUCGUCUGCUCCUCCCCUCCACAAAUGCCAAAGAGUCGGCUCGAACAGAGGGGUGUUGGUCCUUUUUCUCGGGGGCAUUGGCACAUAUUUUCUCUUAAGGGGCAGAAUGAGAGCGGAGAAGCUAAAUGCAUUCUCAAAUUGUAUCCAUUUUUAAAAAAAAUCUGUAUAUUACAUGUUUGUUGUUUGUGAUUUUUUUUUUGGUUGAUGUUAUCGAUGUUUUACCUUUUGAGCUGUUUAUAAAAAUGCUAUAUCCAUCCUGUUAUUUUUUAUUUUAUUUUAGGUAUUGAUCAUUUUCACUUUUUUUUUUUUCCAAUUUCAUUUAUGAAUUGUGGGUUAUGACGGGGAACAGCAAACUUUUAAAGACUAUUUUAAAGAAGAUAAUAGAUAUUUAUUUUUAAAUGAAGUUAUGUGAGAAAAAAAAAUGAUUUGGAAAAAUAAAAAAAAUGCUAAAUACCCUCAUUUAUAUUCUACGCAGCAUGGAACAUUUAAUUGUUUUCAAAAGAGCUUCUGAUCUGUGCCUUAUCACACACCCAGGACUGCCUUACAGAAUAAGCUCAUAUAGUGAGCCACUCCUUUUGUAUACAUUAUUCUACAAAUAUGUAAAUGUUACAGCAGCUUUUGCUCAAGUGCAUUCAGAUGCUUUGACUUCACACUAAAUUUAAACGACCUUGUGGGACACAGACACUAUGUAAUGAAUAAUCCCACAUCCAGAGGGCAAGAUUCCUUCCAGCUGAAAUUGAGCCUUUUGAAUCUAAAAUGAUUAUUUUCCCUUUUUACCACUUUAUAAAAACCUAUCAGUGAGUAAGCUGGAAAUGAUUAGUUUGCUGCUAAUCUUUGUUGGAGUGAUUGCUGUCAUGGCUGUUAGGGACAGAAGAACCAGUAUGUUAAGGAGAGAGCAGUUUUUGCAGUAGCCUUGUUUGAAUUUCAGAGACUAACCUGGCCUUAGUGCUACUGAUGUCUUGACUGAACCUGUGGAUACCCAUUUUUAUAACAAAUUGUGCUGUACUGUUUCUCCCAGGCACUGAAUAAAAGUCUUUUUCAACUACAACAAUAAUGGGAUGUCCCGUAGAGUGUGUUCGAUUAUUUUAUGUGAUGCAAUUCUUUUGAACAAAUUAAACCAUCUCAUGAGGA